AUGAAAAUUGAUCCAUCAGAAAUAGUAUCAAUAAUAAAAGAUAAAAUACUUAAUUUUGAUGAUAAAAUAGAUUUUUUGGAGACAGGUAAAAUACUGUCUGUUGGUGAUGGUAUCGCUAGAGUUUAUGGUCUUGAUAAUGUUCAGGUAGGAGAAUUGGUUGAAUUUUCUAAUGGAACUAAAGGUAUAGCAAUGAACCUUGAAGUUAAUAAUGUUGGAGUUAUUAUCUUAGGAAAAGAUGAUGACCUUAGAGAAGGUGAUGUAGUAAAAAGAACUAAUGAUAUUUUUAAGGUUCCGGUUGGAAAAGGCCUGGUUGGUAGAGUUGUGGAUGCCUUGGGUAAUCCUUUAGAUGAUAAGGGUCCAAUUAACACUGUAGAAUUUAGGCAUGCUGAAGUUAGCGCUCCUGGGAUUAUUGAAAGAAAAUCUGUAUGUUUUCCAUUGGAAACAGGUAUUAAAAUUAUUGAUUCUAUGAUUCCAAUAGGAAGAGGACAAAGAGAAUUGAUUAUUGGUGAUCGUCAAACUGGUAAAACUAGUAUUGCAAUUGAUACAAUUUUAAAUCAGGCAAAAAUUAAUGAAACACUCCCAGAAAAAAAUCAGCUAUAUUGUUUCUAUGUUGCAAUUGGUCAAAAACAAUCUAAUAUAGCAAAUAUUGUUGACUUGUUGAAUCAUCAUGGUGCUUUGAAGUAUACAACAAUUGUCUUAGAAGGCGCAUCAAGCCCUGCUUCUCUGCAGUUUAUGGCUCCAUAUUCUGGUUGUACUAUGGCUGAGUACUUCCGUGAUAAUAUGAUGAAUGCCUUAAUUGUAUAUGAUGAUUUGUCUAAGCAUGCAGUAGCAUAUCGUCAAAUUUCACUUUUAUUGCAUAGACCCCCCGGUAGAGAAGCAUAUCCAGGAGAUGUUUUCUAUCUACAUAGUAGGUUGUUAGAACGUGCUGCAAAUUUGUCUGAGAAAAGUGGUGGUGGAUCAUUGACAGCUUUGCCAAUUGUUGAAACUCAGGAAGGUGAUAUUUCCUCUUAUAUUCCAACUAAUGUUAUUUCUAUUACUGAUGGUCAGAUUUUUCUCGAAGGAGAAUUGUUUAGGAAUGGAAAUAAGCCAGCAAUUAAUAUUGGCUUGUCUGUUAGUCGAGUUGGUUCAGCAGCACAAAAGAAAGCAAUUAAAAAAGUUUCUCGGGAAUUAAAAUUGAUGCUUUCCCAAUAUAGAGACUUGGAAAGUUUUUCUCAGCUUGGUUCUGAUUUGGAUAAUGCAACUAGAUCUAUUUUGGAUUAUGGUAAAAAGGUUAUGAUACUUCUAAAUCAAGAAAAAAAUUCCCCGGUUCCAAUUGAAGAACAAUGCAUCUUGUUUUUCCUGAUUAGUAGAAAGCAGAUUGAAGAUAUUUCUAAUGAGGUUUUGCUCGAUUUUGUUGGUGAAGUGAUUAAAAAAUCUGGAGAUAUUUGUAAAGAUAUUCGUAGUUCAGAAAAUAACUAA